CUGCAUUCAGUGCGACGUUUCUCACUAACAGUUUAAGAUGGCGACCGUGCAUCUCAGGAUCGGGGAUCUGGUUUGGGGUAAGCUUGGACGAUAUCCACCUUGGCCAGGAAAGGUUGUCAGUCCUCCGAAGGAUCUGAAAAAGCCAAGAGGCAAAAAAUGUUUCUUUGUCAAGUUCUUUGGGACUGAAGAUCACGCCUGGAUUAAGGUAGAGCAGCUGAAGCCGUACCACCCCCACAAAGAGGAGAUGAUCAAGAUAAACAAAGGCAAGCGGUUCCAGCAGGCUGUUGAUGCAGUUGAGGAGUACCUAAAGAAGGCCAAGGGGAAAGAUCAGACACACUCUGAUGACAAAAGCAAGUCAGACAAAGGGCGUAAAGCAGCUAAACCAAUGAAGAUCAUUGAAGAGGAUGAUGAAGACGCCUUUAAGGGUGGCUCGUCGGACAAGGAACAGACUGAUUCUGACCCAGAGCCAUCCUCUGUACAACGGCUGGUCGCUGGAACAGUAUCAGGAUUCAAAUGGGAGAGCAGUCCAGUAAAGGAUGACCCACAUUUCCAUCACUUUCUGCUCAGCCAGUCUGAGAAGCCAGCUUCAUCAAUGGAGCCAAUCACCAAGCGCUUAAAGAUAAUCGAGGAGGACACAAGAUCAACAUCUAUUCAAGCAGCAGACAGCACAGCCAUCAAUGGCAGCAUCACUCCUACAGACAAAAGGAUAGGGUUCCUUGGACUAGGACUGAUGGGAAGUGGUGUGGUUUCUAAUUUGUUGAAGAUGGGGCAUGUUGUGACCGUUUGGAAUCGCACUGCAGAAAAGUGUGAUUUGUUCAUCCAAGAAGGUGCCAGAUUAGGACGAACGCCUGCAGAGGUUGUGUCCAUGUGCGACAUCACGUUUUCCUGCGUAUCAGACCCAAAAGCUGCCAGAGAUCUUGUGUUAGGUCCCAGUGGAGUCCUACAGGGAAUCAGACCAGGCAAAUGUUACGUGGAGAUGUCCACUGUUGAUCCAGAAACCAUCACAGAGCUCUCACAGGUCAUCACGUCCAGAGGCGGCAGAUUCCUUGAAGCCCCAGUUUCGGGCAGCCAGCAGCUUUCCAAUGACGGUAUGCUGGUCAUUGUUGCUGCAGGAGACCGUAGUGUUUAUGAAGAUUGUAGCAGCUGCUUCCAGGCAAUGGGGAAGACCUCUUUCUUCAUAGCAGGGGAAGCAGGAAAUGCUGCAAGAAUGAUGCUGAUCCUUAACAUGGUUCAAGGCAGUUUCAUGGCAACCAUCGCAGAGGGAUUGACCUUGGCGCAGGCCACAGGACAGUCGCAACAAACAUUCUUGGAUAUUCUUUGCCACGGACAAAUGGCAAGCACGUUUGUGGACCAGAAAUGCCAGAAUAUCUUGCAGGGCAACUUCAAACCUGAUUACUACCUGAAACAUAUUCAGAAAGAUCUAAGAUUAGCCAUUUCAAUGGGAGAUUCGGUGAAUCAUCCAACACCAAUGGCGGCUGCUGCAAAUGAGGUGUACAAGAGAGCAAAAGCAUUGGACCAGUCGGACAAUGACAUGUCUGCAGUCUACAGAGCUUAUAUUCACUAAUCCUGUAGAUGUGCUCUAUGUCCUGGACCACAAACCUCACCUACUUCUUUGUUCCUCUCCCUCUGUCUUUCUCUUCUCUGCUGAUGAGUUUUGUUGGGCACCAGUGAUAUGUUUUCCCAUGUAUAAUGGGAUCUCUUUAGCAGCCUAAUCUGAGCAUUGCACUGACUGUAAUAUUGCUGCACGUACGCUCAAUGGGAGGUCAUUAAACUCCCUGCGAAUGAUAAUUUUAUGAUAGACUGUGCAGUGUAUUAUAUCCGCAUUUUGUUAAGGCCACUGCAUACAAUGCAGUGUUGUUUAAACAGGCUAGGGUUUUAUUUAUCAUUCAUAUCUUUACAAAUUAAUUCCCUCGUUGUAAUUUUCGAUGUUCAGAAAUCUGUAAAGUAUGAAGUUCUGAUCUCAAACAGACUUGAGGAGCA